AUGAGUCUAAAAAUCGAGGAAAAAUCCAAUCAUCUUUGGCGUGGCGUCUUAAACCACCUCAACGCAAUGUACGGCUUUCCCGCCAAUGGCUCCAAGAAACUCUGUGGCCUGCUUGGCUUGUACAGAGGCGAAGGAAGUACCUUCAGGAUCACGGGCGAACAAUGGCGAUUCGUCAUCGACAUUAUGCGCGAAGACAACGAGAUAGUGCACAUCAUCGCCAUCACUGUCAUCGCCCGCCACAAUCAAGACGAGCGUCGGAAUGGGUAUGUCAUUACGCUAGCAUGUAAUGUUCACCCAAUGUCAGCAGACCAAAAGUUCCCCGGAGCGCCCUUUUUGUACUGGUACCCUGUUACAAGUGGUGGCGAGGUUUACCAACAUUGUUGCGACAAGGAGUCCACCAACCCUGACAAGUCUGCAUCCACGUCACGAGGAACGUGGGAAACGACUCGACUCCGGAUUAUCCAGAAAGCUUACGAGCAGGAUGCAGUAGUCAUGAGAAAGCUAUACAAAGAGGCCACGGCGAACGCAUCAACUAACUCUCAGGCUUUGCAGCAGAACGCUCGGCCCAUGAAUACGGAAGUUACGCCGAACAAGAAGAACCAGAUACGACUCGGCAACGGAACCCAAAAACUUCUCAAAGGAUUUGAUAGCAUUCCCCACGAGCAGCUGUUGCAGCGCGCGAGACAGUUCGCCGAUGAGGUUGUGUCGUUGCGACAUGACUUGCAAGCAAUCAACAUCGAGACAAAAGCUCUUCGGGCACGAAACAUCCAACUGGACAAGGACAACGCCGAAAAGUCAGCCACAAUUGAGAACAUGCAGCUCGAAGUGACCCAUAUGCGCGGUCAGAGAUCAAGUAUUGCAAAGGAGAAGAAGGACCAUGCGGCAAAAAUCAGAGAACAGAAGCUUCUCAUCAGCGACCUCCGCAAGAAGAACAAGAAACUUGAGACCGAGAUCCACGAUUGCAGUAUCCGAGACAAAGAACUAGCUAACCUCAGCAAGAAGCUCGAGUCAGAGAACAAGGUUCUGAGUGAGCAAAAUGAGAAGCUCAUCAGCAAGAGAAACACUCUCCUUGAAAGCAGGCAGUCUCUUUAUGACAGUAACGCCGAGCUUGCGGCCAAGAUGGAGAAGAUGGACCGCAAGAAGAAGCGAGUGGAGAAUAAGUUGAGUAAGCUGGAGGGCAAGACUCAGUCUCAGGGUGAACACAUCGAGGCAUUGACGAUGGCAGUUGAUCAAGUCAAAGAAGCGAACGUGGAACUGAACGCAACUACGGCCAAGUUUGAGAAAGAAAAGGAAGAGGCGAUCAAGAUCAGGGGAGGACUUUCUGAACAACUCACUGAGCUAGACAACGAGCUUCUGCAGAGCCGCGCCAAGGUCACCGAGCUUUGGCGUGAUAUGGAAGUGAAGAACGAACGUGACAGACGCACCGAAGCCGCGCUCGCUGAAACUCAACAGAAUCUCCAGCAGACUUCCGCUACGCAUUUGAAUCAGAUCGAGCAGCUCAAGAAAGAUAUCAGCGCCAAGGAUGCCCUCACCCAGCGGCUCCACGGCGAAAUUUUGUGCCUCCAACAACGAUCACAUGCCACUCCAUACACCCCGCGCAGUGGCUACGCAGUUAGAGACGAACGCCUUGUAUCCAUGCGCGAGUUGCAGCAUCAGCGAGAGAUCUCCCGUCUGGCGAACGAGAAAGCGAGCGACAUGGAGAGCAAGCUCAACGCGAUGAAGUUGGCCAUGGAAGUCAUGAAGUCCGAUUUGCAGACUGAGAAGGCCGAGGUGAACGCCAGAAAAGCAGAGAUGGAUGCAGAGAGGAGCGAGGUGGAGGCGCUGGCGAAGAAGUGCGCCGAGAAGAUGAACGCGGCGAAUGCUAAGGAGGCGUACACGGUGAGCUUGGAGAAGCAGCUGGAAGAUAUGAGAGGCAACAUGGAGGGUAUGCUUGGACGCGUGUCCGUCUAUCAGGGAAAGAAGCGUCGUCGGACGGAGGGGCCAGACUUUCAGCUGUGA